UUCCCAGACCCACGCCUCCCCCCCCCCCCCAAUCUAGCAACCCUAACGCAAGCCUUUCUGUUAUUUUUUUUAGAAAUCACACAAAUCUCCACACUGUAACCGUAGUGUAAUGCGUAGUUGUGCAGGUACUUCGAAAAUCAAGACUCCAGCUUUCCAAUUUGACAAUGGAGGAUUUGACAGAGACAGAGAUUGGGAGCUCUGUCGAGUCCUUUCAAAAGUUUUUGGAUUCGCAGAGAGAGGUUUUCCACAACCAAAUCGAUCAUCUUCGAAGAAUUGUCGUCACUCAAUGCAAGCUCACUGGUGUCAAUCCUCUUUCUCAAGAAAUGGCGCCUGGUGCUCUUUCGAUAAAAAUCGGGAAAAGACCUCGAGAUUUGAUAAACCCUAAGGCGGUCAAGUAUAUGCAAGAAGUUUUCACUAUUAAAGAUGCAUUCAGUAAGAAGGAAUCACGAGAUAUUAGUGUUCAAUUUGGUGCUACAGUCACGCAGGUUCGGGAUUUUUUUGCCAGCCAACGUACGAGAGUGAGGAAACUGAUUCGGUUGUCAAUGGAGAAGGCUAUUAGAGUUAAUGCACACAAGGAACCUCAAAAUGGGGUCCUAACGACAUCGGAUGCUUUGAUGCCUAUUGAUUUGGUUCCUUUGAACUCUGUUGACCCCAAUCAAGUUCCCCUAAAUUAUGUUUGCUCCAAUCCAGCUAUGUUAAACUCUGUUAGCCCCAAUCCAAUUCACUUGAACUCUGCUGGCUCCAUUUCAGCUCCCUUAAACUCUGUUAGCUCCAUUUCAGCUCCCUUAAACUCUGUUAGCCCCAAUCCAUUUCACUUGGAAUCUGUCAGCUCCAAUCCAGUUCCCUUAAUUUCUGUUAGUCCAAAUCCAGUUCCCUUAAACCAUGCAAGUCUGUAUCCAGUUCCCUUAGACUCAGUUGCCCGCAAUCCUGUUCCCUUAAACUCUGCUGGUCCUUCCAGAGUUGAUGAAGCCCCCUCUUGCUCAACACAGGACGACAUGCUACCUGGUUUAGAUGAAUUAGACAAACAUUUUGUUGAGAAUAUUUUUGGUUUGUUGCGGAAAGAAGAAACAUUUACUGGGCAGGUGAAGCUCAUGGAAUGGAUCUUGCAAAUACAUACUCUCUCUGUUCUAAAUUGGUUUCUAUUUAAUGGUGGUGUCAUGAUUUUGGUAACAUGGUUAAGUCAAGCUGCUGCUGAAGAACAAACGAGCGUUCUUAUUGUCACCUUGAAUGUCUUCUGUCAUUUGCCCUUACAUAAAGCUCCUCCUGAACACAUGUCAGCCAUACUUCGCGGUGUUAAUAGACUGCGGUUUUACAGGACUUCAGACAUAUCAAACAGGGCCAGGGUUUUGUUAUCAAGAUGGAGCAAAGUGUUUGCAAGAAGUCAAGCAAUGAAAAAACCCUAUGGCGUAAACUUCUCUACAGAUGCACAGGACAUGAUUUUGAAGCAGAGCAUUGAUGAAAUUAUGGGCAAUGAAUUAUGGCAGUCUGAUAUCAGUAAUCCUGAUGGUGUUCCUGCUCUCUCAUUGGAAAGUUCAGAAAAUAUCAGGAAAAUCGAGUCUUCACAAGCAUUGAAGCUGUUGCCAGCAUCAACAGAUGAUCCGAGCAGAAAGCACAUCCUAGGUGCACCUUCAUCCCAUACAAGAGAACGUAGAAAAGUUCAGCUUGUGGAACAGCCUGGCCAGAAAACAGCUGGCAGAAGCCCUCAGGCCACCAAAGCUGCUCCUGUUAGUACAGGUCGCCCAAUGUCUGCUGAUGAUAUCCAAAAAGCAAAAAUGCGUGCUUUAUUCAUGCAGAACAAGCAUGGGAAAACAGGUCUUUCAUCUAAUGGAAAUACUGGUAUGAAAAAUGGACCUUCAAGUAUGUCUGCAAGUUUGUCUCUAGUUUCCAAAAUUCAUAUUCGGCCAAAGAUUGAGGAAUACAAGAAACCUGUGAUGCCUCCCCUGGAAGUUUCUUGUAAGGUUGAGGGGUCCCUCAAUCCAAAGAAAGAAAUUGAUUCAAAGGAAGCCAUGUGGGGAGUUUGUAUUGAAGUCAAGAUCCCAUGGAAGACUCCUCCAGAAAUAAAACUCAACGUUCUCUGGAGAGUGGGCACUGGUGAAAAUGGAAAAGAAGUUGAUGUUCAGAAAAACAGAAACCGUAGGGAGGUAGAAACCAUCUAUCAGACAGUCCAGGAGUUACCAUCUAACCCCAAGGAACCAUGGGACCUCGAGAUGGACUAUGAUGACACGUUGACCCCAGAAAUUCCAAUUGAACAGCCACCUGAUGCUGAUGGUGCAGAAAUACAGUUUUCCCUGACCGAACAUGUAAACACUGUAGUUGCACCAUCACCAGCACCUUCCCUGCCUCAGGUUGGUGGAGGGAGUGCAACUGAACCAGAUCUUGAGUUGCUUGCUGUAUUGCUAAAAAAUCCAGAAUUGGUUUUUGCAUUGACUUCUGGCCAAGCUGGCAAUUUAUCAAGUGAGGAAACCGUGAAACUGCUUGAUAUGAUAAAGGCUGGAGGGGCUGGUUUGGCAGGUAGUUUAAAUGGGCUUGUUGGGAAAGUAGGGGAGAAGGUUGAAGUUUCUCUUCCAUCACCAACUCCGUCAAGCAAUCCUGGAACGAGUGGAUGGAGAUCAGAAGGUGACAAGAAUCCAUUUUCCCAGCAGGCUUCAUCGGGGAACAGAGUUGCAUACACUGACCCCGGAGUCCCCACCGUUGCUCCUCUAGCCGAGAACACAAGCUCGGUGCAACGUCAAAAUCAAGCCACUAACAUCAGAACACCACAGCAGCAAGCAAGCAGGCCAAUACUAUCCCAACAUCAUCCUUUCUCAUUGUCUCAAACAAGCAUCAUAGUACCUGAAAACCGACAACCUCCGAUGGUUCUCCAAUCCCAACAGAGUUAUCCCACCAAUUCUUCAAUGUUGCAUACGCCAUCCUCAGAAAUUGUUUUUACCAUGAAAAAUUUACCCGUCAAUACCCCUUCCCUGCCGAACCCUUCAGCUGCAAUUGGGCCUUCAAUGUGGGUUGAAACCAUGAACAACGUAAAACCAGCUCCAUCCAUUUCUCUCACAUCAAAUCCACCAGAGAGAUGGCCAGUUCCAUUUCCACGAUCAACAUCCGCAGUACCAGCUCCAACACAGUUACAGUCACAUAUAAACGAACCUCCCACUGUACACUCGUCGUGGCCACAUACUGGUGAUGUAGGUCCAAUGCGUGAUUCCUGGAGAGUUAGGCAGAGUUUAGUAUCAAAUUCCCCAUCUCAUGUUAAUCAAAAUAACUAUGUGCCACCAUAUGGAGGGCCUGUGCAGCCACAGUUGCGGUCAGGUCCUCCUCGGGAAAGAAAUGAAUAUUUGGGUGAUGAGGGUAUUGAGUCUUGGAGUCCGGAGAACAGCCGUUUUGAAUCACAAGAGUACAUGUCAGGGAGAAACUAUUCAGGAGCCAGGACGAAUUCCGGAUGGGACUACCUGCCUGAUAAUAGGUCCAGGCAACGGAAUUCUUCUGGGUACAGGGACCGUAACCGGAAUGGAAACAGAAGACGGCACUGAGUGAAUGAAUGCUCCUUUCAUGAUUUUGCCGAUCAUGGACCCGUUGUCUAGAGUGAAUGCAACGACGGAGAUUUACACGCUAAUAUAGGGUGUGAAGUUGUGAUGAGCCGAGGUAAGAAGCGGUGCAAAUUCUAACAGCAAAUGCAAUUGUCUAGGUACUUGGUAACUCGAUACUAAAUCUUGACUGAAAGCGUGUGGUACUUUGACGAA